AUGGCAAUUCGAGACCGUGCGGUGAAUAUCGUCACUCCCGGGGAUGCCCGGCCCCUCAAGCCCCUUCCUCUCCGAGCCCCCUCCUCCAAAGAGCCCCUGGGGAACACCCCAGCUUGCAUCCCACCACCCCAAAGCCAGGGGGCCGUAGGCCUCCAGCAAUCAGGGCCCUGUGCGCCCCAGGAGCUGGGCUGGGCGGCAGGGCCCCGGCAGCUACGUGCAUGCAAGGUCGCUGGAGUGGGCAAAGGCCCGGAGGCUGGAACAGAUCUGCGUGUGCAGGGGCAGGAACAGUCUCAGUCAACAUGGGCCACUAUAAAGGUAGUGAGCUCCCCAUCCUCAGAGGUGUGCGAGUCCCGGCUGGAAGAGAUGCUACUCAGGAGACAGGCUGAUGAGGCACAGACAGCCACAGUGUGGAAGACCCUGUGCCCGUUCUGGGGUGAGGAGUACCAGGUGCACCUGCCGCCCGCCUUCCACGCGGUGGCCUUCUACGUCAUGGAUGAGGAUGCCCUCAGCCGGGACGACGUUAUUGGGAAGGUCUGCCUUACCAGGGACACCCUGGCCGCUCACCCUAAGGGUUUCAGCGGAUGGGCGCACCUGACGGAGGUCGAUCCCGAUGAGGAGGUGCAGGGCGAGAUCCACCUGCGCCUGGAGGUGGUGCCGGGGCCGCGGGCCCGCCGGCUGCUGCGCUGCUCUGUGCUGGAGGCCAGGGACCUGGCCCCGAAGGACCGGAAUGGUGCCUCUGACCCCUUUGUCCGAGUGCGCUACAGCGGCCGGACACAGGAGACCUCGAUCGUGAAGAAAUCACGCUACCCACGCUGGAACGAGAUGUUUGAGUUUGAGUUGGAGGAGGGGGCCGCGGAGGCGCUGUGUGUGGAAGCCUGGGACUGGGACCUCGUCAGCAGGAAUGACUUCUUGGGCAAAGUGGUGUUCAAUGUCCAGAAACUGUGCACGGCCCAGAAGGAGGAGGGCUGGUUCCGGCUGCAGCCCGACCAGUCCAAGAAUCGGCGGGGAGAGGGCAACCUGGGCUCCUUGCAGCUGGAGGUGCGGCUGCGGGACGAGACGGUACUGCCCUCCGGCUGCUACCAGCCCCUGGUGCAGCUGCUGUGCCGUGAGGUGAAGCUGGGCACCCAGGGCCCAGGGCAGCUGAUAGCACUUAUCGAGGAGACGACAAGCACCGAAUGCCGCCAGGAUGUGGCCACCAACCUGCUCAAACUGUUCCUGGGGCAGGGACUGGCCAAAGACUUUCUGGACCUGCUCUUCCAGCUGGAGCUGGGUCGUACCAGUGAGGCUAACACCCUGUUCCGGAGCAACUCUCUGGCCUCGAAGUCCAUGGAGUCUUUUCUGAAGGUGGCUGGGAUGCGGUAUCUGCACGGCGUCCUGGGCCCCAUCAUUGACAAGGUGUUUGAGGAGAAGAAGUACGUGGAGCUGGACCCCAGCAAAGUGGAAGUCAAGGACGUAGGGUGCUCGGGGCUGCACCGCCCGCAGACAGAGGCCGAGGUGCUGGAGCAGAGCGCGCAGACGCUGCGCGCCCACCUGGCGGCGCUGCUGAGCGCGCUCAGUCGCUCCGUUCGCGCAUGCCCCGCCGUGGUCCGCGCCACCUUCCGCCAGCUUUUCCGGCGCGUGCGCGAGCGCUUCCCCAGCGCCCAGCACGAGAACGUGCCAUUCAUCGCCGUCACCAGCUUCCUGUGCCUGCGCUUCGUCUCUCCCGCCAUCAUGGCGCCCAAGCUCUUCCACCUGCGGGAGCGGCACGCGGACGCCCGCACCAGCCGCACCCUGCUCCUGCUGGCCAAGGCGGUUCAGAACGUGGGCAACAUGGACGCGCCAGCUUCCAGAGCCAAGGAGGCUUGGAUGGAGCCGCUGCAGCCCACCGUGCGCCAGGGCGUGGCCCAGCUGAAGGACUUCAUCACCAAGCUGGUGGACAUCGAGGAGAAGGAGGAGCUGGGCCUGCAGCGGGCGCUGAGCUUGCAGGCGCCGCCGGUGAAGGAGGGGCCGCUCUUCAUCCACAGGACCAAGGGCAAGGGUCCCCUCAUGUCCUCCUUCAAGAAACUCCACUUUUCCCUCACCACCGAGGCCCUCAGCUUCGCCAAAACGCCCAAUUCCAAGAAAAGUGCCCUCAUCAAGCCGGCCAACAUCCGGGCGGCGGAGAAGGUGGAGGAGAAGAGCUUCGGCAGCUCGAACGUCAUGCAGCUCAUCUACGAGGAUGAUGCGGGCAAGCCCCAGACCGUCUACCUGCAGUGCAGGUGCGUGAACGAGCUGAACCAGUGGCUGUCUGCGCUGCGGAAGGUGAGCAUCGGCAACCCUGGCCUGCUCGGCUCCUACCACCCUGGCGUCUUCCGCGGGGACAAGUGGAGCUGUUGCCACCAGAAGGACAAGUCAGAUCUGGGCUGUGACAAGACCCGGUCACGGGUGACCCUGCAGGAGUGGAACGACCCUCUCGAUCACGACCUGGAGGCCCAGCUCAUCUACCGGCACCUGCUGGGCGUGGAGCCUGUGCUGCGGUGA